AUUUUACAAAAGAACGAUAUGAAAGCACGCAUAUUAGUAUGUCUUUUGUUGGUAUAUGUUCAAUAUACUGAUGCUAUCGCAUUUACUACAAGGUGUUGGGAGAUACUAAAUGGAAAGGAAAAUAUGUUUAAGGAUGGUUUAUGCAAAGAAAUAAACCAAUUGGGGAAUCAAGGAUGGCAUACUUUGGAAUCUGAUGAUUGGGUUUACUAUCCUCAGCAGUAUGUGAACGUAUCCUCUACAGCACUUGAUAUAUCCGUUACAUUAGUUGGUGGAUGCUGUGCUCCGAGUAGAUACAAGCCCACUGGCUUUCUAUACCGAGAUGACGGAAGCUCAUACAAGGACACUGGAAACAAAAUAGUUGCUAUAUCCGAUAGGCCCAUAGUACAGAACAUAACCAUAAAAGGCUGGUACAUGCAAAGCUUUGUCGAUGACGGUGCAGUAAAUUUAACACUUGUGCCUACCAUAAAUCACCCGGAUAAGCAAUCAGUUUUUUAUGAGCUUAUAGCAUUUGAUCGAGCUAUGGUGAUCACUUAUCAGUUUUUUAAUGAUCAAGAUAAGCUCAUUGGUAAUUAUUCAAGUGGUCUUCUUAGAAACUCUGUAAGCAUCCCAGACAUCACUCUGCCAAGAUACACUCGUCGCAUCGUGGUUUCCAUCUUUAGUUCCAGAGCUGAUCCUAUGUGUUUUGCUUACAUUUAUGCUGGAGUAUAUAUCUAUAGUCCAUUUACCACUCUGACAAAAGUGUGUGCAAAGCUGGCUACCCUAUUACAGUAUGCUUGCCUGGGAAAUUUUAUAAUGAUACCUCUUAUAUUUACUAUAAUGAGCUAUACUUCCGAUUUUUCGUUUCCUCCACCCGUCCGGUUUCUCUGUAGAACACCUGCAAACACGAUUCACAUGUGUAUUAUUAUCACACUGGGAUCAUUUAUAUCAAGCCAAGCGUGGCAUAUGCUCAACUCUGAAGCAAUCAUGUUUCACGAAUGGCUUCCACGAGCAGUUAGAAUCAUUGAGAUCUUUUUGUCCUUUUUCUUGCUUGCCGUUUACUUUUACCCUGUUUUUAUUUGUUACCAUGCAAGCUAUAGGUCUCGAGUGGCAAAUAUUAUGGGCGCAUAUACUAUAUUAGCGCUGUUUACUCUCAGAGUAUCUAUAGAGCUACCUAACUAUAUAGUCAUAUACCCUCAAAGUCAAGGAUUUCUUGUUGUAAACUUGCUCACAAUUACCCCUACCAUCGGUGCUUAUUUUGCGGUUUUUGUCUACUUUAUAACACGGUCCUUAACCUUUAAACCCUGUGUUCUAUGCAGUGUAGCAUUUCUUGAAGUCCAAGAUAUAGAGGAAGAGUAUGUGAAGCGCUUACUUUAUUCCCAUACAAAAAGGAAAAGAAAGGCCCGAAAUCAUGAUUCUUUUUUAGGACGACUCUGGGAUUUUAUAACCAUAGACUGGCCCCAAAUACGAGCAACGCCAAUCAACUUACGGAAACUGCUUAAGCAAUUUCUAAGAUACCUAUUUGGCAUAGAUGAGCUUGUUCGGUAAAAGUAGUUGAAAAGAUAUCUGAAUAUAGGAUUAAGAAAAAGGUUGUUAUAGAAUACCAUUUGCUAUCAAGGCG